GUUUACAACCCUAAAUUCCCAUAAAUCGCCCUUAAAACCCCUAAUCUUCUGUCUCUUUUCACCACUCUAAUCUUUCUGUUAAUCAAUUCUCCGGUGACCCUUGAAAUUUCCGGUGAUAUUUUUUUUGAUCAACUUCAAAAAACAUAAAGGGUUUAAUGGAGACUCCACUGUCAUCAAGAAGAAUCACAAGAUCAUCAAGACUGGAGAAUCAAGAAUCUACUAACAAGGGUUUCUUGAAAUCAAGAAAUCAAGAAAGAGAGAAUUCCGCAUUGAUCGAUAUAACCAAUGGUUCGCCUAUCGUAGGGCUUGCGAUGGGGAGUUUAAAAACUCCAUCAUCAAGAUGUUCAAAGAAAAGGAUGAUGAUUCCCAACAGCGAAUCGAAAAACGCCACAACUCCGGGAUCCGGAGAAACUUUGUUGAGGGGUCAAGUGAAAACCCUGUUGAAAAAAGUGGAAGAAGAGGGUGUGAUUUCAAAGAUUUGUUUUGAACCCAACCCUUUGAUUUAUAAAAGGUUUUUGAACUCUCCAAUGGCUGUUCUUGCACCAACACCUGCUAACACUCCUCAGGUUUAUAACUUUAGUAAUAACAAUGGUUUGGAAUCAUUCACUGUCUCUCCUGUUGCUGAAAACUUCAGUUUUACUCAGUUGCUUAAUGAGGUUAUUGCUGAAUCAAAUAAAAAAGUCAAGGGUGAAAAGCAUGAGAUAACAAGGUCAUUGUUCAUGGAUGAUUCUGAAUCAUCUGACUGUAACUCUCUGCUGACAUGCGAAGAUUCCAAUUCAUCCGGAUGGUCGGUUCAGGUAAAUGUGAGCACAAGUGAGGAGGAGCAUAAAGACAAUGAGGUGGUGGAUGAGUUGUGUGAAGGGAUGAGCAAGAUUAGUGUCAACAAGACUUCUGAGUUCAGUGGGAAACACACAAGAUUUGUGUAUGACAGUGAUGAGGAAACCGAAGGAGAGUUGUUGUUGUUGUCAUCAUCAUCAAAGGGAAGCAUUUGAGGUUUGCGAAAAGAAGAAGGAUUUGUAAUAAGAUGUUGAUUGCUUUGGUUGUCUUUCUUGUGACACCAAUUAUUGUUUUGUCUAAGGUUUUGAAGUUGAAUUCUUAUUGUGUCUGUUUAUCUGAGGUUUUGAUUUGAACAUUUGAGAGUUCAUCAAAGUUAUGUUAACUUUUGUGUUCUUUA